AUGGCGCUUCCUCCACUGGCCGCCGACCCUUCCUCCUCACCGCAUCCCUCUGCCGCCGCAUCUGUUGAUGCGGAGCUCACCAAGGAACGUGAGAAGGCAGCCACUGCCAUGACCGAGAAGGAAGCCGCCGAUCGCCUGGCCCUGGAAUCUGCCGCUACAGCUGCCUCCCAGGCGGCCGCUGAAGCGCGCACGCGCGUGCAGGCUGCGCUGGACGCUCUCGAGCGCGAGCGCCAAGCUGCGGCUAAAGCAGAUCGUGUGGCCGCCGCCGCACGCCAACGCCUUCAGCCACCUCCCGACGCCAAGGAGGAUCCCAACGCUGGCGGCCCCCGCAUCAACGGCGAUCCUGACGCCCUCUUCGAGGCUGCCACCGUCGCCAACCUCCACGCCCAGGCUGCCUCCGUCCAAAACAUCCGCGCCCUGGUGCCGGUCGUCCUCGAGCCCCUCUCCACCCACUACAACCGGUGGCGUGACCUUGUGCUCCUCGCCUUGGAACGCUACGCCCUCGACGACCACGUUCUCCGCGACGCCACUUCGAACGCCCCGGCCUGGCGCCGCAUGGAUGCUGUGGUCCGCUCCUGGCUGUUCGGCACUCUCAACGCCGACCUGAUGGAGUCGAUCCGCGUGCGCGCCGACACGGCCCGGCUCACCUGGCUUCGCAUUGAAGAUCUGUUCCGAGGGAACCGCGAGACUCGCGCGCUCCAGCUCGACGCCGAGUUUCGCCUCUUUGAGCAGGGCGAACUCUCCAUCGCGGACUACUGCAAGCGCAUGAAGAACAUGGCGGAUGAUCUUGGUGACCUAGGCGAGGUCGUACAUGAUCGCACGCUGGUGCUGAACGUUCUGCGCGGCCUGAACGAACAGUACAGCCACAUGGUCGCCCUCCUCAAGCGUUCCCGGCCCUUCCCCACCUUUGAUGAAGUCCGAAAUGAUCUGUUGCUUGAGGAACUGACCGUGCGCAAGGUCCGACCCUCCUCGACUACCUCCACGGCACUCGUCACCACCACCCCCAAGGGCAGUGCUACCUCGGCACCCCCUCCUGCUACUCCUGGUGGCUCUACCACCCCUGGCGGCUCCUCCGGCAACACUGGCAAGUCCAAGAACCGUCGCAAGAAUGGGAACAAGGGUGGUACGCCCUGGCCUUCGUUCUACAACCCAUGGACCGGCACCAUCACCAUGUGGCCCGGCCCUCAGCAGCAACAGAAGGCCGGCAAGCAGCCUCCUCAGGCGCAGGCUGGCGCCUCCGGUUUCUCUCCGCAGCAGCAUGCCUUGAUGGCUGCUACUGCCCCCUACGGAGCUCCCCUACCCUACCAGCUGCCCUACAUGCCGCAGGGACAGGCCCUACAGCAGCCGCAGCUGCCCCUGCCGCAUCAGCAGCACCUGCAACUGCUGCUGCCACUUCCAGCGCAAAUGCAGCAGCAGCAGGCACCGCAGACGCCAAGCGCCGCCUCCUGGAGUCCUUGGGGUGCCUCGUGGGACCAGCAGGCACUCGCCAACUCCUUCAACACCAUGACCUUCCAGCAGCUGCCAUCCACCUCUGAGUGGGUCAUGGAUUCAGGUGCCUCAAACCACAUGACGCCCGAUGCCGGAUCUUCGUUCCAGGAACGUGAUCGCCAGGUGCAAUAG